AUAUUUGAUCAUUAACCUUUGUACUUAUUUUUUCAUUGUUACGAAUUUAGGCGACUUAGAUUUUUACUUGCUUCUUCGAAAAAGAAAAAAAGAAAAAGAUUUCUACUUGAUUCAACAAAAUAACAUAACAGAAUUAGUUAAGUUAAUGUUGAUUUACACAUCAAUGAGCAGCAGCUAUCUACCUCCGGUGACCACCACGGCGACGGCCGACAAAAACUUAUUCGCCGCCGUGGAUAUGGGCACUAACUCAUUCAAACUUUCACUCGUCCACGUCGAUCCAUCUUCCGGCCGAUUCCUCAACCUCAACCGCCUAAAAGAGCCAGUCGUACUCGGCCUCGACACCACCGCCGGCGCCAUCUCCGCCGACUCCCUCGACCGCGCAAUCUGCGCCCUCCGCGGUUUCCAGCAGUACCUCCACCCGCACCGGCUUCCUCCUCCCCGUCUCCGCCUCGUCGCCACGUCAGCCGUGCGCGAAGCGUCCAACAAGUCCGAAUUCAUCAAAACCAUCCACGAAACCCUAGGUCUCGACGUAGAAAUUAUCUCCGGCGCCGAAGAGGCGCGCCUCAUUUACCUCGGAGUCCUACAGUUCUUCCCGGUUUACAACUCUACGGUUCUUACGAUUGACAUCGGCGGCGGCUCUACUGAAUUCACCGUAGGGUUAAGGGGAAAAGUUCUGUUUUCGAAAUCAUUGAGAUUAGGGCAUGUCACAUUGACUCAGCAAUAUCCCGAUGUUGGGCAAAUGCGGGAACAUAUACGGAAUGAACUAGAAUCUUCUGGAUUGAUCGAGAAGAUCAGUGAGUUCAAGCUCGAUUAUGUGAUAGGUUCCUCCGGUACCGUUAGAGCUAUCGAGAAGGCCGUGUGCAAAGGUUAUGCGGUUAAGGUAGAGGAAGCCGUUGGGGUGCCUGAGGAGUUUGCGAAAAAGGAGUGGAGGUUUACUAGGCAAGAGCUGAGCUGUUUACUGCAGAGUCUGUAUGAUGACGACAAGGGAAUGGAAGGUAGGCUUAAAAGAAUGGAGUUUUUCAAGAGGCGAGCUGGGUUCAUUUUGGCGGGAACGGUUUUACUUGAUGAGAUAUUUGAGAGGCUGGGGAUUGAGGAAAUGGAGGUUUCAGGGUACGCAUUAGGGGAGGGGGUGAUUGCAGAGAUGAUGGGGCAGGUUGUUGAGGGAUUUGAUUUGAAUGCUAAUGCACGGUGGAGGUCCGUUUUCAGGCUUGCUUUGAGGUUUAACAAUAAGAAGAGGAUGAAAGCUGCUACAACGUGUGCAGCAAUUGCGAGGGAGAUUUUUCAAGGUUUGAGGAAAUUGAACCAGCUGCACAAUGAUGACAAUAAGCUCUCAGUGACGUUGGAUGACAGGGAUCUUGAAUGCCUAGAUGCUGCUAGUUUGCUUCACAGUAUUGGCCUAUAUACUGGCAAAAAGGGUUAUCACAAGCAGUCUUAUCGCGUUAUAGUGAAUGGGGACCACCUUCAUGGAUAUACCGAGGAAGAGAUUAAGCUAAUUUCACUGCUUGUGAGAUACCAUAGAAAGAAAUAUCCAAAAAAAGAUGCUUUUGAGGGAUCUGCUAAAGAGAAAUUCAGAAGGCUCUGUACGAUUAUGCGGUUAGCUUAUGCAGUGCAGCAAUGUCUUCCUGGGGAUAUUCAAGUCAUAGAAAUUGCGCAUUCUAGAGAAGGACUCAAAUUGGUACUCAAUGCAGGUGAGGCAAGAAAUCAGUCUGACGAGGUUGUGCAAGCAUUAGCCGACAUCAUACAACCAUUAGAUGGGGAUAUCAAUACGUCGAUGGAGAAAGAAUUGGGACAUUUUAGGAAGGUUUUCGGGAAAAAAUUGUCUAUUUUAGUCACCGGAACCAUUUCUGGUGGCGAGACCGUCACUGUGAACUGAAGCCCUUAAUCAGUUUGCUUGUUCAUUAUCUGGGGAGAGUUUUUUGCAGGCUACAGAAUAUGAAUUCAUCAGCAUCUCCAUGCUGUGAUCAGGUAGUUUAUUAGGUUGAUUAGUUCCUCUAUUCUUUACAUGUAUAGCCAUUGUAACAUAUAGAAGUUCAAUAGCUAAAGAAAAUAUCUUGUAUAUGCACGAUAAUGUAUGAUAUUCUCUGCUUCACAUUUAAUUGAUCUGCUUCAUGUUAAAAA